GAACUCACUCCCUGGAGAGCCGUUCGUCUUGUUUGUUUCGUCCGCAGCAUAACACUCACGGUGCCACAUCGGCCCCAUCAGUCUUCUAUGCCUUUGCGACCAGGUUUUGAGAUUCCGGCGUGCAACCGCGAAAGCGGAGGAACAACCAGGUGGGAUCGAAAGCAGCUCCGACCAUUCUCGAGCGAAAGCUGACCAACCUACACCAUUCUCCCAAGCUCCGUUAUUUCCUUCGCGCCGCUAGGUUCGUUGGACCACCACCGCUAAUACAACAGCAGCAGCAGGAGGAGCAGCAGCAGGAGCUUCUGGCUCCCGCGGACGAGGAAGCGGCGACGAUCGAAUAUCCAUUCCCAUCGCCACCCGCAACCAUAACCCCACAACCCGAAUCGCAAUCCAUCCUCCAUGUUUCGCUCUCUGCCCGGCGGCGGCAGCAGCGGCGGCAGCAGGAGCCCGUCGUUCCUGUUCACAUGGGCCGUGGCGGCCACCACCGCCGCCUUCACCACCUUCCUCCUCCUCGUCGUGCACAUGCUCUCCCCCUCCACGCCGCCGUGCGUCACCCAAAACAUCCCCUUGGCAGGCUCGGGCGACCCGAACCGGGUGUACGCGGGGCAGGUGUCGCGGGUGCAGAUGGCGUGGGGUGAUCGGCAGCAGCAGCGCGUGCAGGCGGCGGAGGGGGAGGGCGGGGAGGAGGGGAGCGCGUGCAGGAAUUGGAUCCUCGCGCCCGUGACGGAGCGCGGGAUUCCCAACACGAGGAAAUGGAGCCCGUGGAUGCCCCCCCUCUCCCCCUGCCGCGUGCAGGGCCUGCCCAUCGAGGCGGUGGAGCCGGAUCUCAACUUCCGGCGCGGCUUCACGCUGGGCUAUGUGGACUACGGGGAGGACAAGACGCAGUUGCUGCCGUACCUCAGAGCGGCGCUCGACCACCGCAUGCACACCAGUGCGCGGCGUGUGCUGAUUGACUUCGGCGCCAACGCGUUCCGCACGAGCGUGACGUGGUUCCUCAGCACGUAUCCCCUGGAGUUCACAGAGGUUCACGCUUUCGAGAUUCAGCCCGACCUGUUCGUCGUGCCCCAGCCCAACGACCAGGUGCUCGGCCCCAUAUCCUCGGGCUCGCGCCUAAGGCCCCGGGGGCAAGGGCCAGGACCUAUUCCUGGGUGGAUGCUGCAGCGCAUUCACUCGUACAACACCUUGGUUGGGAUGGAAGACAGCCCACACAAGAAUGUGAUCAACGCCACGCGGUGGAUGCUGGAGGAGCUGCGCCUCACCCCACAAGACACGGUGGUCGUCAAGAUGGACAUCGAAGGGGUCGAGUGGCCUGUACUGAAUGCUUGGUUGGACAUACCUGGCAUGGAACAGAUUGUGGACGAGUUAUUCGUGGAAAUUCACUACCACCACGAGUCCAUGUAUGACUUCAAAUGGAACGCGACCCGCUUCAGUGCAACGCGAGACGAAGCGGCACAAAUGUUCAACUGGCUGCGGACUAAAGGAUUCUACGUACAUGCAUGGCCGUAGUGUUCCCCAGAAUACAGGACCCUUGUCAUCAGAUUUCAGAUAGAAGUGUUCAGACCUCAUCGUGGAUGGAAAUCAGGCCCUCAGACUGGUUUUAGGGAGGCUGAUUGCUCAGGGUCGCCCAUGUGAGAACCCAUGCUUUUCAGGGUCGGGUUUUGGGCGUGGCAUGUUUAUUCAGCCAAUUGUUUUUUUUAGUCUGACUAAUCAAGCCUACAGUUUCGU